CUUCACAUCGCUUGAGCUUCUUGAUAAGUUGAACUCUUGUGAAUAUGUGAACUGGUAUAUUUUGGAAAGCACGUAGCGUUAAUUGUUAUUUCAUAUCGCUUUCGCAUGCAAUGCAGGGAUAGGUGUCGGCGUUCAAGAUUGUAUUCGGCGUUUGGUUCACGAACACUUCAUUAUCAAUUUGUAAUAAGGAAAACAGAAUCUGCAAUCAUCUUCAAAUUCAGUGUCACAGCGCAUAAUUUAAGCGAAUAUUGAUCACUGUUGUUUUUUGUUAAUGUGAUGGCACCUCGGGAUACUAAAAAAUUAUUGGAUGGCGAUGAUGUGACUUUUUAUGGAAGUCUGAACGUUGAGAAAUACAAUGAUUGGAUGAAAAAUUACACAAAACCGAAGCAAAAGAAAAUAAAGAGAGGCUUAUUCCAAAUUUUUCAAUAUGCCAGCCUUGGAGAUGCAUUUCUUAUACUUAUUGGAGUAUGCAGCGCAAUCAUUCAAGGAUCAAGCUUUCCUAUACUUUCAAUUAUAUUCGGUCAGAUGACCAACUCUUUCAUCCAACAAGCAACAUCGGGAUUCGAUUCGGUUUCUCAAAAUAACCUCACAAAUUCUAUGGGAACAAGCUCUGAAAAUUUGAUUAACAUGCCAAUUAGUCAAGAUGAAUUUGAUACCAGAAUGAUUCUUUACUCGAAAUGUUACCUCGUGAUUGCAAUCGUUGUACUAAUGACUGCUUUUUUACAAACUUUCUGCUGGGAAUUGGUUGCUGAACAUCAAGUCUAUCGUCUGCGUAAAAUUUUUUUCUCUCAACUGCUGCGGCAAGAUAUUAGUUGGUAUGAUCAAAAUGAAAGCAUCGAUUUAUCAUCAAAGUUAUCAGAUGAUAUUGAAAGAAUACGAGAAGGUUUGGGAUGCAAAUUUAGUUUGGUUAUUCAAUACCUAUCGACGUUCAUUUCCGGCCUAUUGGUUGGAUUUUAUGUCAACUGGAGAUUGACAUCGAUGAUAAUCACUGUAGGACCUUUUUUAAUCGGCACAUCUGCGUACUUGGCUAAAGUUUCGUCCAAUUCUGCAGCUCGUGAACAAAUGAAAUAUGCCAUAGCUGGAGGAAUAGCAAAAGAAGUUUUGAGCAAUAUUAGAACAGUGGCUGCAUUUUGUAAAGAAUAUAUUGAAAUGAAACGGUACAAGAAAGCACUAAACGAUGGCCGCAAAAUAGCCAUGGAAAAAUAUUUGAUUUUAUCAAUUGGUCUUGGAAUUGUGUUUUUCAUUAUGUACGCAGCUUACGGAUUCGCUUUUUAUUACGGUGCAAGUUUGGUUGCCGAAGGAACGUGCACUCCGGGGUCAAUUUUUACGGUAUUUUUCAGCGUUAUGGCAGGUGCAUUCUCGGUGGGUAAUGCAUUACCAUUCAUUAAUUCUGUUAGUACAGCAGUAGGAUGUGCUGCUUCAAUUUUCAAGAUAGUGGAACGUAUCCCAGAAAUUGAUCCAUAUUCCAAAAAAGGUUUGAAACCUAGAGUCGUAGAUGGGUACAUCGAAUUUAAACGUUUGUCAUUUAAAUAUCCGUCACGUCCGAACGUACAGGUAUUGCACGAUUUAUCUUUGAAAAUUGAUCAAGGAAAAGUGGUCGCCUUUGUUGGCGCUAGUGGCGCCGGUAAAAGUACAAUUUUAGGCUUGUUUCUUCGUUUCUAUGAUCCAGUUGAUGGCAUGAUUACGUUAGAUGGAACCCCAUUAUAUCAAUUGAACGUCAAUUGGCUGCGGAAUCAAAUAGGCGUUGUCGCUCAAGAGCCCGUGUUAUUCAGCGCUUCAAUUGCCGAUAAUAUUCGUUAUGGUAGACGAGACGUUAGCGACGAGGAUAUAGAAGAAGCAGCUCGAAUUGCAAACGCUCAUUAUUUCAUUUCCAAAUUACCAGAGGGAUACAAUACCUUGGCGGGGGAUUGUGGUUCUCAGCUUUCUGGUGGCCAAAAACAACGAAUUGCUAUUGCCAGAGCGUUAGUGCGGAACCCUAAAAUAUUGCUGCUCGAUGAAGCCACUUCAGCUUUAGAUUCUCAUAGCGAAGGAAUCGUUCAAGAAGCUUUGGAGAAAGCAAUGUUUGGAAGAACUACAAUCAUUAUUGCUCAUCGUUUGUCGACUGUUAGAAACGCUGAUUUGAUUUAUGUUAUGAAGGAUGGAUAUGUCGCAGAAAGUGGUAAACAUCAAGAAUUGAUGUCACGAAAAGGAUUUUAUUAUAAUCUAGUACUUGCGCAAACUCUCGAUAAAAGUAUAGAAGAAAAACCUGCGAAAAAUUGGAACGAAGAAGACGAGUUCGAGAAUAGAUUUGUUUCUACGAUGUCCUUAAAUUCUAGAAGUUCGUCCUUAGAAUCAUUUGAAUGGGAUACAAAUGUCGUUGAUAAUAUGUCAGAAGAAAAGGACUUACCUCAAGUCAGCGUCUGGCAGUUGGUGAAAUUCAACUCAAAAGAAUGGUUACGAUUAACUGUUGGUAUACUCGCUUGCGCCGUAACCGGAGCAGUUAUGCCAAUAUUUUCCAUUUUUUACACAGAAAUGUUUGUGACGUUUACGCUUCCCUUAGAUGAGAUGAAGUCUUCUGCUAAAUUUUGGUCAUAUAUGCUGCUUAUUCUAGCUUUUGUCUCAGGAACUGCUAUGUUCACCCAAACGAUAUGUAUGACCAGUGCUGCUGAAAAAUUAAUCAUGAGAAUGAGAUCAAAAGCAUUCAAUUGCAUUUUACGACAACCUAUUGGCUGGUUUGAUUUAGAAUCAUCUUCAACAGGCUAUUUAAUCACAAGAUUGGCCCGAGAUGCACCACUUGUUAAAGCGGCUGCUGGUUUACGAGUGGGUCAUAUGAUAACUGCUUGUGUUACAAUGGGAUCCGGAAUGUUCAUUGCAUUUCUUUUUGGAUGGAAAUUGUCGAUUUUGCUCGUCUGUGGGGUACCAUUUAUAGCAGGCGCAGCUUAUCAACAGAACAUGAUUUUGAAGAAAAAUCAGUUUAGGGAUUCUCGUCUAAUGGAAAUAGCAGGAAAAAUUGUUAAUGAAUGUGUUCAAAAUAUUAGAACAGUUCAAGCGUUGGGCACUGAGAAAUUAUUUGUGAAACAAUAUGUUCAAAGUUUAGAUGUUCCAUUUAGGGAGGCAAAAAAACACGCAGCCACUUUUGGUUUAGUCUUUGCAUUUUCUCAAUCGAUAAUUUAUUUGAUGUAUGCAGCAGCAUUUAGAUACGGAGCCCAGUUGGUCGAAACCGGUGAAAUGACUCCGACAGAUGUUUAUAGAGUAUUUUUUGCACUAGCUUUUUGUGCCACUGCUGUAGGAAAUACAUUUUCGUAUAUGCAAGAUUUCAUGAAAGCAAAACACGCAGCUAGACUAAUGAUGCAAUUAAUUAAUAAAAAGUCAGAAAUCGAUCCAAUGGUCCCUUCUGGUGUUAAACCUAAUAUAAAAGGAAAACUUCGAUUUAGUGAUGUUCAUUUUACAUACCCAGCAAGAGCAGAUUUCAACGUUUUACGUGGCUUCAACUUUAACUUAGAUUCUGGAAAAAUGUUAGCUUUAGUAGGAGAAUCCGGUUGUGGGAAAAGCACAGUGGUAUCUUUAUUGGAAAGAUUUUACAAUCCUUGUCGUGGACAAAUUCACGUCGAUGAUUAUGAUAUUUCGACUAUAAAUUUGCAUCAUUUACGUCGCAAUAUUGGCAUCGUUACUCAAGAACCAAACCUUUUUGAUCGGUCUAUCAAAGAUAACAUCGCAUAUGGCUUAUUAGCUUCCGAAAACGAAACCAUUGUGAUGCAGAAGGUAAUCCAAGCUGCAAAAAGUGUCAACAUACAUAAUUUCGUCGCAUCUCUACCGCUGGGUUAUGAUACUAUGGUCGGAGAAAAAGGUGCCCAGUUAUCCGGCGGUCAGAAGCAAAGAAUCGCAAUAGCUAGAGCAUUGAUUAAAAAUCCCAAAAUAUUAUUGUUGGAUGAAGCAACGUCAGCGCUUGAUACAGAAUGUGAAAAAGUUGUGCAAGAAGCAUUAGAUAAAGCAAGAGAAGGUAGGACUUGUAUUACGAUCGCCCAUCGAUUAUCAACAAUACAAAAUGCAGACAUAAUCGCCGUUGUGCACAAAGGUAGAAUUAUAGAAUUUGGAACGCACGAAGAUUUAGUCAGCAAAAAAGGUUACUAUUUUAAGUUAACGGAAAGACAGCAGAUAUGAAUGUGAAAUUAAAUGCGAAUUGAAACGAUCUCUUUCAACUUGUUUAAUUUAUGUGUAAAUAUGUUAACUUAUUCGUUUACCUAUUUAAUCGUACCUAUGUACCUCGGUUACCUAUCAAGUCUCGAUUUUUACAUUUUAUUAAUCAUAAGAAUGUUUGUUUUUCUAAUAAAACAUUACUUUUUUA